AUGGAUACCCGAAACUCUCGUGAUUUAAGGAAGACGAUUGAAACUCUGGAAGCUGAAAAGAAAGCAAUGGCUGACCAGCUAAAGACUAUGCAGGAACAGAUCCUCGAACUCUCCAUUAAUCGCCGAGAUGACGACGAUGUUGAUACCGGUGGUUCGGGAGUCCAGCAAAAGGGGUCUGGAACGUGGCACUCCAAUGAAAUUAAGGUCGAAAUUCCAGAAUACGACGGAAGACUCGACCCAUAUGAGUUUGUUGAAUGGUUGCGAAUGGUGGAAUGUGUUUUUUAUUACAAAGAGACAACUGAGGAGAACAAAGUCAAAAUUGUGGCCAUGAAAUUGAGGAAGUAUGCAUCAACAUGGUGGGCUAAUACGCGUACCAAACGUGAACGCUUGGGUAAGCCGAAGGUUAAGGAAUGGGCGAAGAUGAAGCGCUUAAUGAAGCAAAAAUUUAUGCCCUCGUAUUAUCUCCAGGCAAGUUGUUCUCAAUUGUAUCACCUCAAACAGAACCAUAGACCAGCAGAGGAGUAUUCCCAAGACUUCGAAUACUUAUUGAUGAAGUGUGACCUACCCGAGGAUGACCCUCAAACGUUGGUACGGUAUUUGGGUGGGUUAGAUCCUCGUGUUGCUGAUGUCGUGGAACUAUAUCCCUAUUCGACUUUAGACGAGUUGACGCUGCUUGCUCAUAAGGUCGAUACUCAGCAGAGAAACAAAGGAAAAUUUGAUGCUGGUCGAGUUUUUACCAAAGCACCUAUGCAAUCGAAGACACCCCCGGCUGCCAAAACUAAUGUUGUACCUGACAAAGCAACAGUCCCUACCCUGCUCAAACAAACAACUGGUUACCUGGCUGAGUAUGAGGAAGUAGGCAACACUUUUGCGGUUGACCCAUCGACAGAGUUAGCAACCAGCUCAGAACCUGCUGUUGAAGAAGUUGUCGGGCCCGACGAAGGGUCAUUGCUCGUUGUUCGGCGCAUGCUCAACAGUACCCCCGGUCAGAAAGAAAAUCUUCAACGAGAAGCUAUUUUCCAUUCCCGAUGUACCAUCGCCCAAAAGGUUUGCACGAUGAUUAUAGACGGUGGCAGCUGCACUAAUGUGGCUUCUCAAACCCUUGUCUCCAAACUGAACCUCACCACCGAACCACAUCCUUCCCCUUAUGUGAUCCAGUGGCUCAACCAUGGUAAGGGAAUACAUGUUUCUCACCGAAUUCUGUUGUCUUUCAGCAUUGGCAAGUCAUAUGUGGACAAACUUUGGUGUGACGUCAUUCCGAUGGAUGCCUGUCAUGUACUUUUGGGUCGUCCCUGGCUGUUCGAUCGUCGGGUAAUGCACGACGGUUAUCGAAACACAUAUUCAUUCACUCACAAUGAUCGGCGAAUCGUUCUCACCCCAAUGUCUCCAACCACCACUUCCAAUACAAACCCACAACCCUUGAGUACUCUGUUGAAAGCUGAACAACAGGAGUAUUAUUCCAUUAAAGACUUCAUCCUCAUGGGCCUUGAUGAAGUUGAAACCAAAACAUCAACCACACCCCAUCCACGAAUCCAACCUUUAUUACAGACGUAUAGCUGUGUGUUCCCUGAAGAAAUACCUCCCGGUCUGCCACCCCUUCGUACAAUUCAACACAAGAUCGAUUUUAUUCCCGGGUCGGUACUCCCCAAUAAACCCGCUUAUCGUUAUAACCCAUACGAAACUGACGAGAUGAGGAGACAGGUAGAAGGGUUGUUGCAAAAGGGGCUGAUACGUGAGUCACUUAGUCCUUGUGCAGUCCCUACCAUACUCGUACCUAAAAGGAACGAAGAAUGGCGGAUGUGUAUGGAUAGUCGGUCCAUCAAUAAGAUCACCAUCAAGUACCGUUUCCCAAUUCCCCGAUUGAAUGAUCUUCUGGAUGAACUCUUUGGUUCCACUGUGUUUUCGAAGGUUGAUUUACGAAGUGGUUAUCAUCAAAUCAGAAUCUAUGAAGGAGAUGAAUGGAAGACAGCAUUUAAAACGAAAGAGGGUUUGUAUGAAUGGCUCGUCAUGCCGUUUGGGCUGUCCAACGCGCCGAGCAUGUUCAUGCGAUUGAUGAACCAGGUAUUAAAACCUUUUCUGGGCAGGUUUGUGGUUGUUUAUUUCGACGAUAUUCUUGUUUUCAGCAGAACCGAAAAUGACCAUCAAUCUCACCUGCAGCAACUGUUUGAAGUAUUAGCACAUGAGAAACUCUAUGGGAAUUUCGAGAAAUGUGAAUUCUUCACUAAUCAAGUGACCUUUCUUGGUUAUUUAGUUUCUGAACAGGGCAUUCAAGUUGAUGAAAUAAAAGUACAGGCUAUACGGGAUUGGCCGACUCCCCAAUCUAUACAACAGGUUCGAAGUUUCCAUGGUCUCGCUUCCUUCUAUCGGCGUUUUGUAAAGGAUUUUAGUACUCUUGUGGCCCCCAUGACAGAAAUCACCAAGCUCAAACAGUUUUCAUGGAACCCGCAAGCGCAGGCUGCCUUUGAAGAAAUCAAAGCACAGGUUGUCUUCAACUCCUGUGGAGAAGCUCACGUAAACGUAAAAGGGAAGCGCCCCUGUGAGGAUCUUGACCAGUACUUUGUUGAGAAUCCAAGCUCCGCAUCAGCAACUGCUGCUGGUACCAAAGCUGAAGUGAGUGGAGGAUCCAUUUUCAAGGUUUUGGCUGGUAGAAAGGUUCUCAAGUGCCCUUGUGAGGAGGAUCUUGUUAACUCUGCAUCAGCAACUACUGAUAGAAAAGCUCAAGUGAAAGGGAAGCGCCCUUGUGUUGAGAAUCUAAGCUCUGCGUCCUUGGUUGAGAUUCCAAACUCUACAUCGGCAACUACUGGUAAAAGGCCCACGCACCCUGCUCUUGACCCUGCAGAGAUAGAAGGUGUCACUUAUGAACUGGUGACCGAAGAAUCCUUUUACAAGCCCCUCACUCCCCUUGUGUUUUCAUCAGCAAAUGUAGAUGAUGCUUCAGGUAACAACGAAUUCCAUUUGAGUUAUAUUCUCCUCUUUGCUUAA